UUUCUGGCAGCCAAGAUAGAGGAGUCAAAAACAAAGCGGGUUUUAGAAUACUCAGUGGUAACAGAUGGAGCAUUCACAGCAAAGGAAAUACUAAGGACAGAGUGGUCUAUUUUUGAAUCCCUAGACCACGAGCUACACUUAAAGCUUCCACAGUACUAUUUCAAUCCUGACUAUUUUAGGACACGCUUUUCAUUUCUUGAGUUUGAGCAUAAGAAAGAGCUGUUGAACUGCUUUAUAGCAGCACAGCUAGAAGUCAGAUCGUACACAAGAAAUGUUUUCCUUCUAUAUCUUGAAUCUAAAAGAGAAAUGGAAGUAUGGCUAGCUGACGAGUAUAAAACAGUACCUGAAAUGGCAAAAUUUUAUAUAAAAAACAACCCACUUAUUUAUAAUAUCUUAGACAGCAUUCUAAACUUACGGAAUGUAAAACAAAUCAAAUAA